CUCAGCGUAACACCGGCGCGCUAAACUUCCUGUCCGAGCAACGACGAGGAAACAGAGUCGUCGGUGGCGUCCAGAUGUAAAAACCUCCCGAUAGACACCUUAUUUUUUACAGUCUAUGCUUUAUACCUUCAAGGCUGUGAGUUUGUAAGAUCUACAGUUUGAAGAUUGGUGUAUCCAGCAAGAGCUGACAUGCACUGCAAGUGACUUUCAAUCAUUUACUGCCAAGAGGUGAAAUGGCCCAGAAAGGAGUUAAGCUGGACCGAGAGGCAAUUUGUUGUUCCAUCUGUCUGGAUCUCCUGAAAGAUCCGGUGACGGUUCCCUGUGGACACAGCUACUGCAUGAACUGUAUCAAAAACCACUGGGAUAAAGAGGAUGAGAAGACAAUCUACAGUUGCCCUCAGUGUAGGCAGACCUAUGCAACAAGGCCUGUCCUUGGGAAAAACACUGUUUUAGCAGAUUUAGUGGAGGAGCUGAAGAAGACUGGACUCCAAGCUGCUCCUGCUGAUCACUGCUAUGCUGGACCUGAAGAUGUGGCCUGCGAUGUCUGCACCGGGAGGAAACUGAAAGCCUGUAAGUCCUGUCUGCAGUGUCUGGCUUCUUACUGUGAGAAUCACCUUCAGCCUCAUAUUGAAUCCCCUGCCUUUGAAAAACACAAGCUGGUGGAGCCCUCCAAGAAGCUCCAGGAGAACGUCUGCUCUCGUCAUGAUGAGGUGAUGAAGAUAUUUUGUCUCACUGAUAAGAAGUCUAUCUGUUAUCUCUGUUUAAUGGAUGAACACAAAGGUCAUGACACAGUCUCAGCUGCAGCAGAAAGGACCAAGAGGCAUAGAGAGAUCAAGGUGAGUCGACAAAACAUCCAGCAGAGAAUCCAGGACAGAGAGAAAGAUGUGAAGCUGCUUCAACAGAAGGUGGAGGCUAUCAGUGGCUCCGCUGAUGAAGCAGUGGACCACAGUGAGAAGAUCUUCACUGAGCUGAUCGGUCUCAUGGAGAAAAGCCGCUCUGAUGUGAAGCAGCAGGUCAGAUCCCUGCAAAAAACUGAAGAGGGUGAAGUCAGAGAGCUUCAGGAGAAGCUGGAGCAGGAGAUCACUGAGCUGAAGGGGAAAGAUGCUGAACUGGAGAAGCUCUCACACACAGAAGAUCACAACCAGUUUCUACACGACUACCCCUCACUGUCACCACUCAGUGAAUCUACACACUCAUCAAGCAUUGAUAUCCGCUCUUUGAGGUACUUUGAGGAUGUGACAGCAGCUGUGUCAGCAAUCAGAGAUAAACUACAGGACGUCCUGAGAGAGAAAUGGACAAACAUCUCACAGACAGUGACUGAAGAGGAUGUUUUACUGUCAGAACCAGAGCCCAAGACCAGAGCUGAGUUCUUAAAAUAUUCAUGUGACAUCACAUUGCAUCCAAACACAGCACAUAAAUGGCUGUUAUUAUCUAAGAGGAAUAGAAAAGCAACGUUGAUGUUUAAAAAACAGUCUUAUGCUAAUCACCCAGACAGAUUCAUCGAUUAUUGGCAGGUCCUGAGUAAAGAGAGUCUGACUGGACGUUGUUACUGGGAGGUGAAGUGGAGAGGAGGGGUUUAUGUUGCAGUCGCAUACAAGAAUAUCAGCAGAGCAGAGAGCUCCAUUGAAUGUGUAUUUGGGCACAAUGAUAAAUCUUGGGCGUUAGAUUGUGACAACAGCAGUUAUAACUUCUGGUACAACAAUGUCAAGACUCAUGCCUCAGGUCCUCUGUCCUCCAGAUUUGGAGUGUACCUGGAUCACAGUGCAGGUACUCUGUCCUUCUAUAACAUCACUGAUACCAUGACUCUCCUUCACAGAUUUCGGACCAAAUUCACUGAGCCUCUCUAUGCCGGACUCGGGUUUUAUUAUCCUGGAGACAACGCUGAGUUCUGUAAAUUAAAAUAGAAAUUUCAUUCUGCCUGUGUUCAAAGUAAUGAAACGUAUUUUGUCUUCAUGUUUGUUACUGAGGACUCAUCAAGCAAACAUUACGUGCAGUACUUGUGAGACUGAAUAGCUUAAUUUACCGUCCCUCUAUCCAGCUAUGUUUACCAGCUCCUCUGGGGGGUUUCAAGACGUUCCCUUAGCCACCGUUAGCCCUCUAUUAAGCCCCACACUCACCAGAAAGUAACCCUUUGCCAAAUCCCCUCUGGAACCGCCCCUGCUGCUUUACAACAUUACAGACUCAAAACAAAAAUGCAGCUGAAUGAAGAUAAAUAAAGUGACUAUUAAAAUUGCGUCAAUCUUUUCUUGAGACUGCUACAAACAUGGUGACCAACACAGACAAUUGUUGUUGUCUGAAGUGCUGCACCUGGAUUUACUAAUUCAUCCAACGCUGCCUCGUCGGAUGAAUGAACGUCCAUGUCAAAUUGCAUUGUUGCACAUGCCACUUAUUUAAUUUUACUUCCAUUGGCUCCAUAUUUCCAUAUUUCCAUGUCAAAAAUACCAGCUUGUAACUCUUGCAUGCAACUGCUUAGCGGUCAAAGAACUGUUUCCCCUCCCGGAUGGAGCACCUGACCAGUAACAAAGGUUCCUUAUAUAGAGGUAAUCAUUAAUCACCCUGUGAGAUCCUUUACAAACACACCACAUAUUAUUUUCAUGAUCUGCUCCUACACGUGUAUGAAAUGUUUCAACCCCUUGGUUUUUUCAAUUAUAUUUUCAGAACAUUUCUCUGUCACUAUUUGACAUUUUUCAUCACAACCCACAUCGUUAUCAAUUUGUAGUUUAAUGAAACUUUUUGUGUGUGUUUGAGAGGUAAAAUAUUCUAAGAAAGGUUACUUCUACUUUUUGUUACAAGAUGUGUUUUGCUUUUUACCACUUUAUGUUCAGAAAUCCAAAAUCAAAUGUUUUUUUGAUUUGUAAGUGAGACCAAAUGUUUAAUAAAGUUACUGAGAGGAGUGAUAAGACUGUAAAUAUCCUGAUCUUAAUCAGUUAUUUUCAUGUUUUGGUCCAACAAACAUCACUGUGUGAAUAAAGGGAGAUCACUUAACAAGAGACAUUUAACAGAUCUGAUGUGUGAACAAACCAAAGUUUUGCAUCCCGAAUAAACAAACAUGAACAGUG